GGGGGAGGGGCCUCGGAGAGCCCAGAAAAACGACAACGCGAGAAAAAUUAGUAUUUUUGCACUUCACAAAUUAAUGACCAUGAGCUCGUUUUUGAUAAACUCCAACUACAUCGAGCCCAAGUUCCCUCCCUUCGAGGAGUACGCGCAGCACAGCGGCCCGGGCGGCGGAGACGGCGGCCCGGGCGGGGGCUCCAGCUACCAGCAUCCCCCAGCGCCCGCGGCCCAGCACCUGCCGCCGCAGCAGCCCCAGCUCCCCCACGCGGGCGGCAGCCGCGAGCCCCCCGCCUCCUACUACGCGCCACGGGCCGCCCGCGAGCCCUCCUACCCCGCGGCCCCGCUCUACCCUGCGCACGACACCGCCUAUCCUUAUGGCUACCGCGGCGGCGCCAGCCCCGGGCGGCCACCGCAGCCCGAGCAGCCCCCAGCGCACGCCAAGGGUCCGCACGGCCUGCACGCGAGCCACGUCCUGCCGCCGGGGCGGCAGCCCCCGCCGCCGCCUCCCCCGCAGCAUCGCGCGGCGCCCCCGGCGCCCCCGCGGCGCUGCGAGGCGGCUCCUGCCACCUCGGGCGUCCCGACAGGGGGCAGCGCCCCCCCGUGCCCGCUGCUUCUGGCCGACAAGAGCCCGCCGGGCCUGAAGGGCAAGGAGCCGGUGGUAUACCCCUGGAUGAAGAAGAUCCAUGUCAGCGCCGUCAACCCCAGUUAUAGCGGAGGGGAGCCCAAGCGCUCUCGAACCGCCUAUACCCGGCAGCAGGUCUUGGAGCUGGAGAAGGAGUUCCACUUUAACCGCUACCUGACCCGGCGCCGCCGCAUCGAGAUCGCCCACACGCUCUGCUUGUCUGAGCGUCAGGUCAAGAUCUGGUUUCAGAACCGGAGGAUGAAGUGGAAGAAAGAUCACAAACUGCCCAACACUAAGAUGCGAUCCUCCAACUCGGCCUCGGCCUCAGCAGGCCCGCCAGGAAAAGCACAAACUCAGAGCCCGCACCCACACCCGCACCCGCAUCCCCAUCCCCACCAGGGUGCCUCCACACCCGUGCCCUCCUCCAUAUAAUCUUCCAGAGAUCUAGACCAGUUCCUUUCCCUCACCUGCUUUUCUCCUCUCCUCUGCCCCUGCCCCCAUCCACCUCUCCCUGUCUGGACCAUAACAGACGCCAAAACAAAACCCAAUUGGAUGAAAAAUAUAAUUUUUUAAAAAAAAGAAGACUACAUUAUCCUGGUAAGAGUGUGUGCUGGUUGCCACCCAAGAGAGGACAAUGGCCAGGAUGCUGGCUGGUGGAGCGACCUGCUGGCCUGAAGGAGGCUGCCAGGUUUGGGCACCUCAGAAGGACCACUUGGCAUCAGACACUUCUGCGGUGGCUGAAGUCCGCUGGGCAGCCCAUGCUGACUGGGGACAUGUGUGUGUACACUUGUUCAAGCAGAAGAAAACAGACCCCUUUCCCACCUUCCUCCCCUCCCCUCUCUCAUUAAGGCAGCUCGUACAAGCUUGUCUUGAACGGAAUGAGUAGACAUUGUGGACCUCACAAGAUUAUUUAAUUCUCAAAAUGUAUAGUCCUCCAUGGUAGAUGUGACACACAGUCUCCCUUCUUUGCAUUUAUUUAAAAUAUUGUUGUAGAGAUAUUGUGGUCUUCUUCCCGAGGCACGAUCCUGGGGGAGGGGGCGUGCAUCUAGACCCGUGUGCAACUGUACAAAUUGUGGUGUGGCUACAUAGAAAGCCAUGUGCUAAGAUUAAACACUGCUUAAGAAAAACAUUAAAGUUCUAAACACA